UUUUUUAAUGAAUAGAUAGAUAGAAGUUGUUAUUCUUGGCUGACUUGUUUCUCUGAACUCAGCAAAAAUGUCAAGCUUUCUAACAAACACAUUUCCCAACACUCCAUUCAGGAUCCCCCUCUUUCAUUCCCCCCCUUCAUCUCAGGCUACUAAUUUCAGUCCCAGGGCAAAAAUGCUGUCUUCUUCAUCAUUGAAAUCUUCUCUCCCAGAGAAUCCUAUUGUUCAGCUUGGGUGUGGAGGUGCAGUAGUUGACUUAUUAGCUGCUGUAGCUAGCUAUCCGAAGCCGGAUGAUAAGAUUAGAAGCACCAGUUUUCAGGUUCAAGGUGGUGGAAAUGUUGCAAAUGCUUUGACAUGUGCUGCGCGACUAGGCUUGACUCCAAGACUGAUAUCCAAGGUUGCUAAUGAUGCUCAAGGUAGAGGAAUACUAGAGGAGCUUGAAUCUGAUGGUGUUGACACUUCAUUCUUUGUUGUCUCACAAGAAGGUAAUUCGCCAUUUACCUAUAUCAUCGUCGACAAUAAAAUGAAGACCCGCACUUGUAUUCAUACUCCUGGAUAUCCACCAAUGGUACCAGAAGAACUCUCCCAACAAAAGUUAGAAUCUGCUCUAGAUGGAUCAAGGCUUGUAUACUUUGAUGUUAGACUGCAUGAAACUGCGCUAGUUGUAGCAAAAGAGGCAACUCGUCGGAAUAUUCCUAUUCUAGUAGAUGCAGAAAGGAAGAGAGACGGGCUGGAUGAGCUUUUAAGUUUUGCCACAUAUGUGGUAUGCUCGGCGAAAUUUCCUCAGGUAUGGACAGAAGCAUCUUCUGUACCAACAUCCCUUAUUUCCAUGCUGUUAAGAUUACCCAAACUUCAGUUUGUAAUUGUGACUCUCGGUGAAGACGGCUGUGUCAUGCUUGAAAGAAGUUUAAAUGAAGCUUCAGAGUUGGAGGAAAUUCAUGUUGACGACGUUUUGAAAUCUUUGAAGCAGAGGGCACCAAAUGAUUACACCAUUCCAUCCAGCGUUUCAUCGUCAGUAAUGAAGUUAAAAGCAGAUGGGAUCGGGACAAUUUGUGGGAGGCUACAUGUUGGUACAGCCGAAAAGAUACCACCCUCAGAACUCGUUGAUACAACUGGAGCAGGAGAUGCAUUUAUAGGAGCAGUUCUUUAUGCCUUAUGUGCUGAUAUGCCUCCUGAGAAGAUGUUGCCAUUUGCUGCACAAGUGGCUGCCUGUGGUUGUAGAGCAUUGGGAGCUCGGUCUGGUCUCCCGCAUUACUCUGAUCCUCGUAUAGCUUCAUUUUUACACCAGAGUUCGGAAAAUGCUGUUUUGGUCCCAUGAGUAAGCACAACAUGACUACAUGGGCUCAUUUCGAUACAUAAUGGUGUACCGUACAUACCUUACGCGAAAAUCAUUUUUGAUUUUCUCCUUUAUUUUUCUGAAACAGUUAUGAGCUGGGAAAUUAUCUUAAUGACUUAUGCUUAUGUAUUGAUCAGUGCUUAUUAGUACUUAUUUCAUUUGUAUGUGUUCUUUGAUGGACAUUUUAAAUGGUUUACCUCCCCCAAACACUUGGUAGGGUUGAUAUUAGACAUGUUUAGAUGUUCCGAACACUUUCUGAAAGCAAAGACAUCCUUGUUGAAAGUUCAAUAGAAGAUCAAACUCUCUAGAGGGGUGAAUAAAAAUUUUGCCUGUUUUUUUUUUUUA